CUCUCUCUGAUCGCCAUGGGCCCGACUCUCCCUGGGACCUUCCCAGAGGGGCUCCUCCCUCCGCGGGGUCUCCUCCCUCCUCGCGGUCGCCUCUCUUUUCCUCCCCGCGCCCCCAGAGAGUCUCCUUGUAUCUUAGGGGGCUUCCGCCGAGUCUGCGGCGCUCGCACGGUGCCAGCUCUGGCCGCUAGGGGGCGCCGUCGGGGGCGGCGCGGUGCCGCCGCGGCCGCUCCUCUCCCGGCCGAGCCUCGCCCGCGCCGCUCCCGCCGCCGGAAGUGGGAGGUGCCGCGCGCGGGCCGGCGCUCGACCCCUCCCCCCAAGGCUCGGCCGCCCCCUCCCCCCGCUCCGCCCGCUCAGAGCAUGAUGGCGGCGGCGUCUGAGGUGGCUGGUGUGGUGUCCAAUGCCCCCAAUCCUCCAGAACCCUCUUCUAGUUUAUGUGCUUCCAAAUCAGAUGAAGGUCUCCCAGACGGUCUAAGCCCCAAAGACCCCGCCCAGAAGCACAAGAACUCGCCUCUGUCGAGUGUAAGUAGCCAGACGAUAAGCAAGGAGAAUAACAGAAAUGUCCACUGGGAACGGCCAGAGCCGAGUCCUGGUUCAUCAGCAGGUGGCACGUCAGCAGCGCACCGGGCGGUGUCAGGAGAAAACUCGCUAGCCACAGCCCUUGGUCUUUCUGGCGGUGGGUCUCAGGCUGAUUUGAAGGACGUGGCCAACACGGCAGGAGAGGAGGGGGACACGUGCCUCCGGGAGAGCCUCCGUCCCGUCACUCGGUCUCUUAAGGCAGGGUGCCGCACGCAGCAGCUUGCCUCCGGGAAUUGUUCGGAAGAGAAUUCCCCGCCAGCCUCCAUCCUAAAGGAAGGUAGCAGGGACACAGGCUGGGAUUUCCGACCUGUGGUGCCCCCCGCAAAUGGGGUUGAAGGUGUCAGAGUGGAUCAGGAUGAUGAUCAGGAUAGCGCUUCCCUGAAGCUUUCUCAAAACAUUGCCGUACAGACCGACUUUAAGACAGCUGAUUCAGAGGUAAACACAGAUCAAGAUAUUGAAAAGAACCUGGACAAAAUGAUGACAGAGAGAACUCUGUUGAAGGAGCGUUACCAGGAGGUCCUGGACAAGCAGAGACAGGUGGAGAAUCAGCUCCAAGUGCAAUUAAAGCAACUUCAGCAAAGGAGAGAAGAAGAGAUGAAGAAUCACCAGGAGAUACUGAAGGCCAUCCAGGAUGUAACAAUAAAGCGUGAAGAAACAAAGAAGAAGAUAGAGAAAGAAAAAAAGGAGUUUUUGCAGAAGGAGCAGGAUCUGAAAGCGGAAAUUGAGAAGCUUUGUGAGAAGGGCAGAAGAGAAGUGUGGGAAAUGGAACUAGAUAGACUCAAGAAUCAGGAUGGCGAAAUAAAUCGGAACAUUAUGGAAGAGACAGAACGGGCCUGGAAGGCAGAGAUCUUAUCACUAGAGAGUCGGAAAGAGCUGCUGGUACUGAAACUGGAAGAAGCAGAAAAAGAAGCAGAAUUGCACCUCACUUACCUCAAGUCAACCCCCCCAACACUAGAGACCGUCCGUUCCAAACAGGAGUGGGAGACAAGGCUGAAUGGAGUUCGGAUGAUGAAGAAGAACGUUCGGGACCAGUUUAACAGUCAUAUCCAGUUGGUGAGGAACGGGGCCAAGCUGAGCAGCCUUCCUCAAAUCCCGACUCCCACUUUGCCUCCACCCCCAUCAGAGACAGACUUUAUGCUUCAGGUGUUUCAACCCAAUCCUUCUCUGGCUCCUCGGAUGCCCUUCUCCAUUGGGCAGGUCACAGUGCCCAUGGUGAUGCCCAGCGCAGACCCCCGCUCCUUGUCUUUCCCAAUCCUGAACCCUGCCCUCUCCCAGCCCAGCCAGCCCUCCCCACCCCUCCCUGGCUCCCAUGGGAGAAAUAGCCCUGGUUUGGCCUCCCUCGUUGGCCCCCACGGCCCACACAUGCCUCCUGCUGCCUCCAUCCCACCUCCCCCAGGCCUGGGCGGUGUUAAGGCUUCUCCUGAAACUCCCCGGCCCCAGCCAGUAGACAAACUGGAGAAGAUCCUGGAGAAGCUACUGACUCGCUUCCCACAAUGCAAUAAGGCGCAGAUGACCAACAUUCUUCAGCAAAUCAAGACGGCCCGGACCACCAUGGCCGGCCUGACCAUGGAGGAGCUGAUCCAGUUGGUAGCGGCGCGGCUGGCAGAACACGAGCGGGUGGCAGCCAGUACUCAGCCACUCGGUCGGAUCCGGGCCUUGUUCCCUGCUCCGUUGACCCAAAUCAGUACCCCAAUGUUCUUGCCUUCUGCCCAAGUUUCAUACCCUGGAAGGUCAUCACACGCUCCAGCCGCCUGUAAGCUGUGUCUCAUGUGCCAGAAGCUCGUCCAGCCCAGUGAGCUGCAUCCAAUGGCGUGCUCCCAUGUGCUGCACAAGGAGUGUAUCAAAUUCUGGGCCCAGACCAACACAAAUGACACUUGUCCCUUUUGUCCAACUCUUAAAUGACGGACCUGACUGGGGAGGAAGAAGAGGAGAAACUGAUGUGAACAGGAAGCGCGGGUUCAAGAUUUCUAAAAGUCUAUAUAUUUAUACAGUGACCUAUACUCACACCAUGUACAUUUUUAUUAUAUAGGUAAUGUGUGUAUAGAAAGUCUGUAUUCAAAUGUUCAUAAAUGAACAUUUACAUAUGUAUAUUAUGCAGAAAUGGUUGUCCCCCUCACCUUGCAAUUCCUUUGGCGGAUGCAGAUUGUAGGUAAGGUGAUGUUUAGUUUGCCCUUGAAAUUAUGAUAUUCUUGCCCAGGGCUGUUUUCAAGUACAAUAUAAAAACCAUCUAGGAAGCUGCUGUUCCUCUAAGGCCAUCCUGCUUUGAUUUGGCUCAGCCUCUAGUUAAUUUUCUCCAGGCUCACGUAUGCAGACUUGAACCCUGGUGCUCACCCGCUGACUGACCAGAUGCCUUGCUUACUGAAAGCCUCCGGAAGCCUCAGUGUUGUUCUAGCCACUCUGCCCCAAAUGGAUAAAAUGAGAUUGAUUGAGGAAAAAAAAAAAUGUAACCCUAAAAGUCUGAAUUUUCGUUGAAUA